UGAGUGGGAAGACCUCCCCCAGGGAGUCUCUGUGUAGGGUUAUCAGAGCUCCUAAAUAACCAGGUCCGUGGCAGCAUCACCUGGGUUGAGAACCUGGGCCCAGAGUUGGGGGUGGACGAGCCCAGGAUGUGAUGGGGUGAGAGCCAGGGAAAGAGGGUGGACUUUGGGAUAGGAGGACGGGUAGUCUGAGUGGCAGAGCUGAAGCCUGGCCAGACGACAGUGGAGAAAAGGACAGAGGGACAGGAAUGGAGGGAGAUGAGGAAGGUUCAUGUGGACAUGAUGGGGAGCCCCACACAGUGCCGGGCUCCUGGGUAGGACAGCAUGCAAGACAGGGCACUUGAGUUUCCUGAGUCCAAUCUGCAUUCACGUGCUAACUUCCUGAAUGAUCAGCUGAAGGACCUUGGGCAAAUGAACCUCCUUCUUGUUGAAUCAACGAGAUAAAGCCCAGAAAGUGCUCAACAUAACGCCUGGGUUAGUAGUUCUCAAUAAAUGGCACUGAGUGCUGUUAGCAUUCAGCCUUACGGAGGGCCAGCAUGGGCCAGCGUGGAAAGUGGCGGGGAGCAGACGUGAAGGAUAGGUCUUCAUGUCUGCUGACACUGGCUAGCAAGAGGGAGGAAACAAGGGUUAAGAUGAGAGAGGGAAUGGCAAAUGGGUUAAGGUGAGGAACGGAGAGAGAUGGAGAGGACGGCUGAAGCAUCACCAGCAGCCCCUGUUCCAGAACCUCUCACCACCUUCUUUCUGCCAGGUGCCAAUGGAUUUCCCUGCUGUAGCAAGGAUUCGGUGGACAUAGUGGAAACACAGAUUGACUUAAACCAACAUGAGCUCCAGCCUUCACAUGAGGAGCUCCCGCCUGCACAAGAGGAGUCCCAGCCUGCACAAGAGGAGUUCCCGCCUGCACAAGAGGAGUCCCAGCCUGCACAAGAGGAGUCCCAGCCUGCACAAGAGGAGUCCCAGCCUGCACAAGAGGAGUCCCAGCCUGCACAAGAGGAGUCCCAGCCUGCACAAGAAGAGCCCCAGCCUGCACAAGAGGAGUCCCAGCCUGCACAAGAAGAGCCCCAGCCUGCACAAGAGGAGCUCCCGCCUGCACAAGAGGAGCCCCAGCCUGCACAAGAAGAGCCCCAGCCUGCACAAGAGGAAGAUGAGGAAGAGGAGGAUGAAUUGCUACACUUGAAUGUCCCACCUAAAGAGGACCCGGAACAAGACACAAAACUGGUGCAGGAGGCCAACACUCCGCCACCGUUGGAGUAUUGCCCGCCAUGGGAGUAUUGCCCGGCCCCCAUGCUUAAGCCUGAGGCCAAGCAGGACUCCAGCUGGAAGGUCUGCAAUGAAGACCUGGAAUCCUCCCUGCCCCUUGAGGGGGCGCUAACGCAGCAGGACUCCAUCACAAGCCCGAGUAUCACGGACGAGGAACAAGUGGACUCCACCCAUCGCUCCAUCUUUGUGCAGACUUCCAAGCACCUCUUCUGGGCAGACAAAGAUAUCCAGGCCUCAGAACACAGCCUGGAUUUGGAGACCGGCAUGCAUCGUGGCGAGAGGACAGAGAAGAUCGCCAGCCCCCUGAACCAGAAGGCAGCCCCAGAGCCGGUCCCCGUCAAGCAGUUCCAGGACGAAAGCACCCAGGCAGAGCUUUCAGAACCAGGCACCCGGCAGCCGUCAGACACCCACUUGCCCUACCCCUGUCUCACACCAGCUAUCAACUUACAAGAUCUGGUCAACUUCGCAUCCUCCCUGGCCAUCGCCUCCUCCAGCAACAGGGACCUGCCCAGUUUGGAGCACAUGAUGAAAUCUCCACCCCAGAAGGCCGUGGAGCCUUCUACAGUGCCCAUGGUGCCUUCUGCGGUGCCCAUGGCGCCUUCUACGGUGCCCAUGGCGCCUUCUACAGUGCCCAUGGUGCCUUCUACGGUGCCCAUGGUGGAGAGCACCACCCUGCCUGCCAAGGAGGAGCCAGAGCAGGAAAAGCUCUCUGGGUUGCAGGAGAGGGCAUCCGAGAAGUCGCUGGAAGCCGGAGAGCCACUGGAAUCUGCCAAGCAGGAAGACAAGACCCUGCGCCCUUACUUUGACUUUAGCAAGCCGGAGCCCCAAAGGACCGCCUUUAAAGGGAAAGUCAAGUUUAUCCAGGCCCCGGCCAGGUCCUCUUCACUGAAUGGAGACAGGAAAGACUCCGUGCCGGGAACCAAGAAAGAGACUCCAUUAAUGCUGAAAAUCCAUUUUAAGCUGUUGCCCACUUCUUCCCCCAGAGAAAUGACUAAACAAAACCAAUAAAGCCUCCAGUGCUG